GAUGGAUCUUCAACAAAAAGGGGGAUAAGGAUAGAAGAACUUCAAAUUUAUGGUGUAUAAAUUGAAUGUUAUUGUAGUUGCUGCAAGGAUCAACUCUUUGAAAUAGGUGUACAUUCUGUGGAUUCAAGUGAAGUACUUGGUCAAGUAUGGAGGAUGACAAUAGUGAAGAUAAGUGGAUGGCUCCAGACUCCACCAAUGAAGCAUACCCAGUAAAUGUGACGUACACAUCAAGUCACUCUAACUUUACAGCAUCUACCACUGUAAGCUUGUACAACCACCCAACAUAUAACAAUCACUUCAGGAGUCAUGACAGAAGCCAGCAGGGGAACUACGAUCAGUCCUCAUACCAGAUCUCUCCCCCUCAGCAGUUUUACCAGCCCACCACUUCUAGUACUACCUAUGACAGACUGUCCCCCACCUCCUACAGGGAAAUCCCCACUGAUAAUGAAGCGAUAUCUUACUCCAGUCUCCAGCCACAGGAGGGAUCCCAGCUCAUCAGCUCUGUGGACAGUAGCACUAUCUCUCAAAUGGGCUAUCAGAUGCAUCAUGUGGUGAUGGACGCGGACAGACUGGUUACUGUACAGAGAGUUGUCUCCCCUGUGGACUGUUCUGCUGGUCCUUCUAGUGUGUCCAGUAUGUCCCACCAGGAGAGUCUCAAUCAGCUGCCCACUCAUACCAUCCUGACACCUGUACCGGUAUCAAGCAUCCAAGGCUAUGCUACCUCUUACAAUGAAGUAACAGUGCCAAAGAACUUAAGAAAUGGAAACAUAAAUGAGGCAAUAGCACAUGAGGAUCAGAGAAUGACGUAUUCCAGAGGUUCUGUAGACAGCAGCAGGUUCCCUCCCAAAAAGAAGGAGAUAGCCAGGGACAUUGUCAGUGGUGAUGCAGACACAACCAGGGAUGACAGAGAUCUGCAGAACUAUCAAUCAGCCCCUCAUGUUCAUGGCUAUAUCCUGGAGGAUGACCAAGUUGGAAUCCAUUCCACAAUGGUCAAAGAACCAGGACCACUGCACCAUAACCAGGAAGCCUUGAUAGACACCACCCAAUCAACUGCCAUCAGCUUCUCAUCUGCUGGAAAGAGCUUGGAGACUUCAGGUGUAGGAAACUCAGUUCUGCCUACAGACCUGGGUCAGUUGAGCCAUCAUUCAAACAUGAGGUCAGGCCUUGAUGGAAUUCAGAUGUAUCAAUUGACGAGUGGAAAAAACCAGAGGAAUGAACCAGACUCCCUAUCAACAGUUCCUGUCCCUGUACGUCUAGUAAGAAAAUCAUCUCGUAUUGCUGAGAUGGAAAAUGAACCUCAGACUUGGAGAAAACCAAAGUACAAGCCAGGAGUAUAUAACUACAAUGAAAUAUGGUGUGAUGAUUGUUCAACAACGUACGCCACAGAGUGCCCUACCCACAAACUGACCCUUGUGCCUGACAAGGUGGUUCUAUCUCGAGCAUGGUCCAGUCUCCCCCCACUGUUACAGAUCUUUAGAAUUGGGGACCCAAAUCUCCAUCCUAUAGAAACAAGUGUUGGAGUAUUUGCCAAGAGAACCAUCCAGAAAAAUGUCCAGUUUGGACCCUUUGUUGGAGAACUUGUCACCGAUGAGAAUGCUAUUAAUGGCAAAUUCCCCCUGGCUAUUGAAAGAGGUGAGGGAGACGUCAGUUAUUUUGAUACUUCUGAUGAAAACAAAUGUAACUGGAUGAUGUUUGUUAGACCUGCUGAAAGUUAUGCGGAGCAAAAUUGUGUGGCGUAUCAAUAUGGCCUAGAUAUUUAUUUUACUGUCACUCGAAACAUUGAAGCUAAAGCAGAAAUCAAGGUUUGGUAUGCCCCACAUUAUGCAGAAAGAUUUGGAUUUCCAAAGUUAGAGAUCACUGACCAAGAUAUACAGACAUUGGAUGACCAGGAAAAUAAAUUUGUUUGUUACGAGUGCACGGAGUCCUUCAGAACACAGAUGGCACUACAGAAGCACAUCAUGAUUCAUGAGGUUAAUACUUCUACCAUGAAGGACACCUCCAAGCCCUUUAGCUAUACUCCUCCCGUGCCACAACAGUACGCCACAGAGGUGGUCAAUGAGGCUGAGACAUCUACAUCUUUUGAAAGAGCCAAGAAAUUGAAGCCGCCCAAAAAGACCAAGGACAUAGGUGAAACUUAUAUGUGGAAGAAAAAAUCAACAAGUUUUUACUUGAACAAGACCUUGAAGAAAUACAAAAACCGACAAAAUCCAGAACAAAUCAGGAAAAACCUGAUGAACCUGUAUCGACGGAAAGGAAAGGGUUCAGGGGGAGGUAAUGAUUGGGAAUGCAAUCACUGCCACCUGUCAUUCGAAAACUCUAACGUUUUAAAUCUCCACAUACUGGUGCAUGCAGCAGAGGAUGUAGAUCUGGAGAGGGUACAGCAAUACGCCAUCACCAGCAGCGAAACUGUGACGUAUGGGUCUGGUACAAAUUAUGUUCAAGUUGAUAAAAGUAUCUUGGCAUGUCCAGUUUGCCAAAUGCAGUUCAAUGACCAGAAAUUGCUGAUACAGCAUGCAGCAGAGCAUGGAACAUCAAAGUAUAAAUUCCUACGAGAAAGGCCAUUCAAGUGUGACAAAUGCUGCAAAGCAUUCUAUACACAUGAGCGACUCCAAAGACAUAUUCUUUGUCAUGGGGAUGACUCGACAAAGCCAUUGCAGUGUGAAGUUUGCUACAAACGCUUCAUGAACAACUCUGCCUUAUCCUGCCAUUUGAAGAUCCAUAGUGACAAGAAGUAUUACACUUGUCCUGUGUGCCAUGAAGGAUUUGAUCACACUAAUGCAAUGAAAUCACACGUAGUGAAACACUGCGUCAAUGGGUACUACAAAUGUCCAGACUGUGAAAGACAAUUUGAGGAUUUCCUAUCACUGAGAAAGCACUUAAGAAGUUUUCACUCAAACAAGGAAUAUCCUUGCCCAGAGUGUAAGAAAGUGUUUCCUCGUCCAGACAAGCUCAAACUGCACAUGCUGAGGCAUUCAAGUCACAGGGAGUUUAUGUGCGAGACGUGUGGACGGCAGUUCAAGAGGAAAGACAAACUCAAAGAGCACAUUCGUCGCAUGCAUGCUGGUGAUAAAGAGGCUAAACCUGUCAAUCAACAUAACGUGUCUUCAAAGAAGUUUGUUCCAAAAGUGUCACCCACAGAUUUUCACAGAUUUAUUUACAAGUGUCAUUUAUGUAUGUUAGGGUUUAAAAGAAGAGGUAUGUUAGUUAACCAUCUUGCAAAGAGACAUCCAGAUAUAAAUAUGGAGUCAGUUCCUGAACUCAACCUGCCAAUACUGAAAACCCAGAAAGAUUAUUACUGCCAGUACUGUGAGAAGGUUUACAAGUCCAGCUCAAAGAGAAAAGCCCACAUCUUAAAGAAUCAUCCAGGGUCUAUUCUGCCUGUGAGUGCUCGGAAAAAAGUCAUAGACAUUCCUGGAUUACCAAACCCCACCUACUCCCAGACAGUUGGAAGUAUAACAACAAUGCCACACUCCUGUGAAUAUUGCCACAAGCAGUACGCAAGUAAAGCUAAGCUCACCCAACAUCAGCGCAAGAAACAUCCAGACACUGUCAUUGAACAGGGCUACACUCCAAAGAUUUCAAAAUCUGAUGUCAAGGAAGUUCAGCCCCCACAAGAGCCCCAUCAGACCCGAGAGCAUCAAACACAGCCUGUGCAACAUUUAGUUCGUUUUGUUGAUUCAGAGAAUGCAGUUGUUGCUUGCAUUCAACAACCCAAUGCAACAGAAGGGAUGCCACAAGCAGAUCUGCUGACACAAGCCAUGAGUGAGUUAACUCACUCCUUACAACCAGUCCAGGAAUAUCGCACCAGCUUAGGUGAAAUAGCAACUGUAACCCCCAGAACAGGUGCCCCUGCAAUGGUUCAAGUCCAAAAUCUCUCAACUGCUCACUCCACUAUUGAGUUCAGCCAUCUUGGCCAGACAUUAUCUGGUGCUCAUUUUCUGCCUUCCAAUCACAUCCCUGGAGCUCCCAUUCAGCUGACAGCAAUAGCUAGUUCGUCAACUGGUGAACAGAUGGUUGACACCAAUUUGCAGGUGAUUACCUCUCCAACCCAGUCUCCAGGGAGGAGCCAAGCUAACCAGGAGAAUCAAAAUAUCAUUGUGUCCUCCCAGUCAGGUGUAGCUAUGCAGGCUAUUCCCGUGUCCCUCCCACCUGGAGCCAUUAUCAGUACACAAACAUGGCCGACAUAUCAGAGAUACAGAUAGAUCAAUAUCAUAGAACUUUUCUAUACUUAUUGUAGGACUUUUAUUUGUGUGUACGUAUACCUGUAGUCUUUUCAUGCUGCCCAAUACUGCCUAUGGACAUGCCUUCUUUAUGAAUUAUGCCUCUAUUUAUUUACUUGGGUAUUAAUAUUAAAAUCCAAGUAACAAGCUAAUUUGGAUUUAAUAUUCAUGUAUUUACCUGUUUGUUGCACUUUAAGUUAAGUAUUGGCUUUUAUUUUGUUUUAUAAUUCCAGAAUAGUUCCAUACUAAGUCCCAAUACAUGGGACAAAUGUUUCUUAGUUCACGGUUUCACUUGUUCUGCAAACUACAAUUUUCAAAUUCACUCAGCUUGGGGUAAGAAAGUUUAAUGUUUGAUUAUGGUGAAGGUUUUAUUUACUUUCUGGUAAAAUAGAGGUGCAUUGAAUGUGCUCAUGGUUAUUUUUACAUUUUCUCAACAAAAUUUGCAUUUGCUCAUUUUUUCCAACUCACAUACAGUCCAACUAUAUUUCCUGUCUCCCAUAUUGCUUACAAUUUAAAUCAAUUUUACUAGUACUAUUUUAUUAUGAAAACCUUGAAAUUAAAUCUACACCGCACAUAAUACAUUUAGCUGUGGUUCUUACAAGGCUGAUUUAUUCAGAUGAUUGACAGAAAUGAUUUCCAGAGAGCCUAAAUUUGUGACAAUUCACCAUAUCAUCAAGGGUUGCAAGUGUUUAACUUCAUGUGCUGUAGAACUUUGCCUAUUGGUGAAUAAUUAUAUAUGUUGAACACUUGUUGAACAAGUUUGUUUACAAAGCUAUCUGUGACUAGAGGCAAGUAUUGCAGCUGUUCAACAAUAUAAUUAAAUAUUCAAGUGAAUGCACUGAAGUGAAAUCUUUGAAUUAAUCAUUGCUUAAUUUAUAUAGUAAUUGUUCCUUUGUUUUGAAAUAAAUGAUUAAAGUUUAUAA